AAGACGAACCCGUGUACAGGCUCGGAUACUGAUUACAGACUCCCGUCUUUAAGCCUCACAGCUCAAGUCUUCCAGAUCUCCAUCUUUUGAUCCUUACAUUCGUUUCUUUAUUACCAGGCUGUAUAGACCUGUACAUACUACGGCUAUGGAUUCCACAUUCUCUCUUAGACGCUUAGCCGUCGCUACACUCCUUUGUGCUUCUCCCGCUCUCGUCAGCGCUCAGGCCGAGAACAAGGCCGCCGCUCUUCAGUCUUGCUUGACGACCGCCGGUGUCCGCAACGUCAUCAGCACCGAUGCCACCUGGGCCGAUGAGACCACCGGCUUCCAGAAGCGUAUCAAGGUCGACCCGGCCGCCAUCUCCUUCCCCGAGAACAAGGACCAAGUCGCCCUGUCUCUUGACUGCGCCCGGAAUGCUUCCACUUCGGCGUCUCCUCUCGGCGCCGCCCACUCCUUCCAGGCCUACGGCUUCGGAAACCCGGGCAGUCUGGUGAUUAGCAUGGCUGCUUUCAACUCCGUCUCUUUUGACGCUGCCACCAACCGUCUCACCUACGGCGGUGGUACCCACGUUGGCCCCGUCCUCAACAUCGGUGGCGGAUACGGUUCUUCUUCCCGCCACCUUGGUACUCCCAUGGACAACCUCGAGUCUGUCGAGUACAUGCUGUACAACGGCACCAUCGUCAACGCCGCUAAGGGUUCUGACCUCUUCUGGGCUGCUCAGGGUGCCGGUGCCUCCUACGGUGUCCUUCUCUCUGUGACCACCAACACCCACAAGCCCCUUUUUGAGACCGCCGUCAACUUCACCAUUAACGGCGGCCAACUCGACUCUACGGCCGCUGCCAAGGCCGUCAUCGCCAUCCAGGACUUCUCCCUCUCUAAGGACUGCCCCGAUGAGCUCGCUCUCCGCUGGUCCCUGAGUGGCCCCCCUUACACCGGCACCGGCUACUUCUACGGCAACCCUGCCGACUUUGACACCGUCAUCGCGCCUCUUGUCACCGCUCUUAAGGCCAUCGGCGGCAACGGCACCGUCGCGAAGACCGAGCUCCCCUUCUGGGACAUGGAGGUCGCCGUCGCCGGCGCAGGCAUGAACCAGCCCAACGGCGGUACCCUCGGUGGCCGCUCUUUCUACACCCAGGCCCUGACCAUCACCACGGACCACCCCUUGACCGAGGCUCAGGCCAAGACCCUCUACGAGAGCACCACCAUCGCCUUCAACCGCACCGACCUCCGCAAGUCCGGCUUCCUCGACCUCUGGGGCGGCGUCUCUCGCGACAUCGCCGAUGCCGACACCGCCUACGCCCACGGCAAGAACCUCUGGCUCAUCCGCUGGGAGGCCAACUCCGUUGAUGCUACCUCCUACCCCGCCGACGGCACCACCUACAUGAAGGGACUCAUCAAGCCCUUCGAGGAUGCUCUCGUUGCCGGCGGCGCUCCCCUCCGCGGCUUCGUCAACUAUGCCGAUACCGAGCUCUCCGAGGCCGAGUGGAGCUCCCGUCUCUACGGCUCCAACUUUGACCGUCUCAAGCAGCUCAAGACUGUCUACGACCCCGAAGGUGUCUUUGUCAACCACAAGCAGGCUAUCCCCCUUCCUUGA